AUGUGCACUCAAAAGACCGAGACGUUCACUGUGAAGUUCAGAGGACGCCAGUUCAUCCUCUUUGAUACGCCGGGAUUUGACGACACUCGCCGGGGCGAUGGCGAAAUCCUCAUCGAUAUUGCUGAGACAUUGAGCGCCUCUUACAAGAGUAAGCUCAAGCUGAGUGGGAUUGUAUAUCUCCAUCGUAUCAAGGAUGAGAAAGUCAGCAACGGGAUUCAGCGGAACUUCGAUAUGUUUCGGUACUUGUGUGGAGAUAACUUCUUCAGCAAUGUCUUUCUCGUGACAACAUUCUGGGACGAGCUCAAAGACAACGAAACAGGAGAGAAGAGAGAGCGGGAGCUCCUUAAAAAGCCCGAUUGGUGGGGCGAGAUGAAGAGCAAGGGCUCGCAGAUUCGACGUUUCAGCAACACGCAGCAAUCCGCUGUUGACCUACUCUGGGAAGUUGCUGGUUUGCCUCCUGUUGUGCUUCAAGUGCAAAAGGAGAUGGUUGAGCAAGGUCUUGAUGUUGUGAAUACCACGGCUGGUGUAGCUCUCAACUACGAGCUGGCAGACUUGCGUGCCAAGUUCGAAAAGGAGAUUGAAAGCUUGGUUGAGAGGCAGGAAAAGGCGCGGCUUCAACAGGACGAGCAUCUACGGAAGAUGCUUGAGGAGCAGGAGAAGAAGAAGACAGCAUUUGUGAGGGAACUGAUGGAAGAACAGGCAAUACUGCGAGCUGAGAGCCGGGAGGGACACCGUCGCCAAGAGCAGGAAUUCACCGACCGGUACAUACGCAUGGAACGGGAGAAGAAGACGCUGAGUGAAAGGAUCCAAACUUUGGAGAAGCAGUCUCAGUUGGAGCAGGAUGCGGCUAAGACCCGUAUGGACCAGGUGAUGGACGACUUCAACAAAGUCAUGGCUCAACUGAAAGACGAGAAGGCCGGUGCUAGCCAAAACUCAGCCAAGGUUGCAGAUUUGGAGAGGGAGAAAUACGAGGUGGAGGCCAUGGGGCUAAAGUGGAAAACUGAGAUGGACAGACUGACCCUGGAGGUGCAGAAACUGCAGGAGCAGCAGAAACUAUCGAGUGCUUCGGAGAAAGCGUAUCUGGACUCGCGUAUUUUGCAGUUACAGGCCCAGAAGACAUCGAGCACUUCGUCUUUCUGGGCUAGUUUGACUUCACUGACGCAGUUAGGCCAGUUCGUGCUGAAGUUGGUCGAAGAGGUUGCUUGA